CCUGACUUGAAUAUUUCCGACAGUUUUACCAUAGAUAUUCGGUUUUACGGUAAAUAAAAUUUACAGCCAAGAGCUCCACGUGUGUGGAUGAUAGAGCGUACGGUGUGGAUUGUUCUGUACCCUGUGAAGACGUUGAAGUGAACGCUUUUAUCUGAGGAAAGGUAGAAUCUGAUUGUAUUUAUUUUUGUUUUCACUCCAACAAAGGAAACGAGUUACACGGGCAAAGAAAAAUACACUAUUGUUCUUUCAGUCCUGUGUUGUUUUAUAGCGAAUUCACGAAGUAUCGUCUGGAUAAAAGUUAGUGAUGUCAUUCCGAGGAGCUCGUGGUCGUGGCAGCAGGGGCGGGGGAUUUAACAGGGGGGGUGGAAGAGGCGGGUAUGGUGGUCGUGGAGGUGGUGGCGGAUUCCGAGGUGGAGGCAGAGGCAGCUUUCACAGACAGCAAGAUUAUGGCCCUCCAGAAUACAUUGUUGCUGUUGGCGAAUUUAGGCAUCCCUGUGAGGAUGACAUUGUGUGCAAAUGCAUCACAGAGGAGAACAAAGUGCCAUAUUUCAAUGCACCGGUGUACCUGGAGAACAAGCAGCAGAUUGGCAAAGUAGACGAAAUCUUUGGCCAGCUUCGAGAUUUUUAUUUUUCUGUAAAACUCUCGGAAAGUAUGAAGGCGUCUUCAUUCAAGAAACUUCAAAAGUUCUACAUCGACCCCAUGAAGCUUCUCCCCCUACAAAGGUUCCUACCACGCCCUCCGGGGGAGAAAGGCCCACCAAGGGGAGGGAGAGGUGGUUGCCGAGGAGGUGGCCGUGGCGGUGGUUUCCGUGGUGGCAGAGGGAGCAGUUUUGGAGGUGGGCGAGGUGGAUUUGGAGGUGGACGAGGAGGAGGGUUCCGUGGAGGAAGAGGUGGUGGUGGUCGUGGUUUCAGAGGGGGAAAGUGAUGCGUCUUCCUACAGAAGUCAUUGGGUGUUCCUUGCCUGAAGCAUGGUGUCUUUCAAGAGACAACUGAAGAAUCCAACUGUGUGUUUGGGUUGGACCUGAGUCAAAAUAAUUUAAUCUUUUCCCAUUUUAUACCGUCUCAAACCUUUUCGUUUUUGGAACAUUUUCCGUGCAUUUCUAUGGUUUGUUAAAUGAAAACCUGAAUUUUUUGCAUUACUGGCCCUUUGGCCAGCAUUAAUGUUAAAUGUGAAAUGCUUUUAUUUUUGCCUGUCAUGAUCAUUUGAUUUAUAAUAAUUACAUUUUUGCUAAAUACCACAGCUGCAGUAGAUUAAUUGAUAUUUUACACUUUUUAAACAGUUUGUUAAAAAGAAAAAUUUACUGACAUUUCAAAUCAACUUUAGGAAUCUAUGUACAAAGUAGAUUUAAGGAUUCAAAUACUAACUGGUCCAAAAUCUUU